CACAAUCACACACACACAAUACACAGAAUACCCCAAGAUCCAAAUAAAGCCCAAAACAAAAAAUAAAAAAUAAAAAAUAUAAUAAUCAACAACCAUUUCAGUGUUUCACUGUUUCACCGGUUACCGGCAAAAAUGAUAGCGUACCUGGAACACUUCGUUCACGGAAACGACGCCGAAUCGAGGCAAGACGACACUGACGGCGACGUCGUUUCGUCCCUCGACGGCCUCGAAAUCACAACAGCCACCGCCUCCGCCGGCAAAGACUUCGGCGGCACAAAAUUCUCGAAGCCGCUCGCGGUCGUCCGUCCAUCCUCUGCCGUCGACAUCGCUCGUGCCGUCCGAGCUGCGGCGGCCACGGCGAAUCUCACGGUGGCGGCUCGAGGCAACGGUCACUCCAUCAACGGCCAAGCCAUGGCGCACAGAGGCUUGGUCCUCGACAUGCGCGCCAUGGAGAAUCACUGUUUUCGUUUCGGUGCUGAAAACGGUAGCGGUGGUUUGCGAUACGUCGACGUUCCGGGAGGGGCAUUAUGGGAAGACGUGUUGAAACGGUGCGUUUCGCAGUUCGGUUUGGCGCCGAGGUCGUGGACGGAUUAUUUGGGUUUAACGGUUGGGGGAACGCUGUCUAACGGCGGCGUUAGCGGACAGGCGUUCCGUUACGGACCUCAGACGGCAAACGUGACGGAGAUGGAGGUUGUUACUGGGAGAGGCGAAACGGUUAUCUGCUCUGAAAAGCAGAAUUCGGAACUUUUCUUUGCCGCGCUUGGUGGUCUUGGACAGUUCGGUAUCAUUACCAGAGCUAGAGUCCUUCUUCAACAAGCUCCAGACAUGGUGAGGUGGAUAAGGGUAGUGUACUCAGAAUUUGAGGCGUACACAAGGGACGCGGAGUGGCUAGUGAGUUUGAGAGAAGGAGAAGGUUUUGACUACGUGGAAGGCUUUGUCUUUGUGAACAGCGAUGACCCUUGCAACGGCUGGCCCACAGUCCCCAUUCACCCUAACCAACGGUUCGACCCGGUUCGUCUCCCUUCCAACGCUGGACCCGUCCUCUAUUGCUUAGAACUCGCCCUUCAUUAUCGUCACUCCCACCAUCCUUCAACUCUUGAUAUGGAAGUAGAGAAAUUAGUUGGACGGUUGCGAUUCGUGGAGGGUGUAAAGUUCGAAGUGGACGUGAGCUACAUGGAAUUCUUGCUACGUGUGAAGCGUGUUGAAGAGGAAGCAAAAGUAAAAGGGAUAUGGGAUGCACCUCAUCCAUGGCUGAACAUGUUUAUAUCAAAGUCCAACAUUGCUGAGUUUGAUCGUGAAGUCUUCAAGAAAAUCAUCAGGAAUGGUGUUGGUGGCCCCAUUUUAGUGUAUCCCCUCUUGCGAAGCAAGUGGGAUAGUCGUCACUCGGUUAUGGUGCCAGAAAGCAGUAACAUAUUCUACAUAGUAGCAUUGCUAAGAUUUGUUCCAGCACCACCAAAGGGACCACAUGCUGAAAUCUUAGUGGCACAAAACAAUGCAAUUAUUCAAUUAUGUUACAACAGAGGCUUUGAUUUCAAGUUGUAUCUUCCUCACUACAACUCACAAGAGAAUUGGAUGCGACACUUUGGGGAUAAGUGGACAAGGUUCAUUGAUAGAAAGGCCAAUUUUGAUCCCUUGGCUCUUCUUGCUCCUGGCCAGAAAAUUUUUUCCAGAAUCCCCCAACCUUUGUCUAUCACAUAAUUAAUUAUUAUUUAGUAUUAGCUCUUGCUUUAAUUUUUCUAGCCAUGUGUAAUUUAGUUUUGGCCAAA